AUGGAUAUGGGAGAAGUAGUACGAACAAUGGAUAUCGAAACGGAUGUGACUGAUUUCAGUUCGCUAAUGCUUAACCGAGCUUCGUUGAACGCAUUAGCUAAAGCAGGUUUCACCAAGCCAUCUCCCGUACAAGCUCAAGCAAUCCCAUCUGGCAUGCUUGGACUUGAUUUGCUGGUGCAAGCAAAAUCCGGAACUGGAAAAACGAUGGUCUUUUCCUUGUUGGCUGUAGAAAACUUGAAUGCACAGUUUGGACGUCCACAAGUGUUAAUCGUAGCUCCAACCCGUGAAAUUGCUUCUCAGAUAGUGUCUUAUAUCAGAAUGCUUGCUCCUGCUGUAAUUCAUGUGGGGAUGUUUGUUGGUGGAAAUGAGAAAGGUGUUACGGAAGAUAUUCAAAAACUCAAAAAAAGUAUUCAUAUUGUUGUUGGAACAGCAGGCCGCCUCUGUCAUCUUGUUCGAAUCAACGCGUUGCGGCUGUCUUACGUACGACUGUUUGUUCUGGAUGAAGCUGACAAGCUCAUGGAAGGCAGUUUUCAGAAAGAAAUCAAUUACCUCUUCUCAGCACUGCCACCGGAAAAGCAAGUAGCUGUGUUCUCGGCCACUUAUCCGUAUCAACUGGAUGCAACUCUUACACGCUACAUGAGAGAUGUACAUUUGGUGCGUGUAGAUAGAGAUGCACAGUUACUUGGUGUUAAACAAUAUGUGAUUGUUGCUCGCAAUGGAAUCAAGAAAAUGAAUAUUCUACUACGCUUGCUACUUCGCCUUCGUUAUGGCCAAUGUGACGAGCUUUGUGCAGAUUUACAGCAAGCGAGAUUUGAUGCGGUUUGCAUUUCUGGCAACAUGCCACAGUCUGAUCGUACAAAAGUGAUAAGGCGACUCAAAAAUUGCAUGGUUAAACUACUCGUUUCAACGGAUCUUACAGCACGAGGAACUGAUGCUCCAGGCGUUAAUAUUGUUGUCAACUAUGGAAGUCCACUUGUGUUAGCCACCUAUUUGCAUCGAAUUGGGCGUGCUGGACGUUUUGGUACACAAGGUGCUGCAUUCACAAUUCUCAGUAGUGGUAAAGAAUUGAAAAUAUUCAGUGAUUUUGCUGUCGAGGGAAAACUUCGAACUAAGCUGUUGCGAGCAGGAGAGAAUUGGCCUAGCAAUCUCAUCUAUGACGAUGGAUUUUUCAGCCGUUCUGAAGACUUUCGUCCUUAUGCAACAAGGAAUUGGCGUAGUCAAAAAAGCCACAAUGAUGAGGAUGGUGAGGAAAACGUCUACGAAUUCCUUCAAAUUGCGUCAAACAAUGUACUGGAAUAUGAAGAAGAAAUAUCUAAAUUCUCUGAAGACAAGAUUGCGUUACUUCAGAAAUCAAAAAAGCGUGUCUAUUCUAGCCAAGAUUUUUAUCACAUAUAUAGGAAUAUGAAGAACAAUGAAAUCUCUAAUACACUUUUGAAGAAAUUGGUUGCGUUGAAGAUACGAUCACCGGAUGACUUGGAUUUAAUGCGAAAAAAUACUCUAAUGACAUUACGCAUGGGCAUCAUAAAUAAAAACAAUCAGGACAUAAGUGCCCCUAACCACGAAAAACUUCUUUAUUUGUUGAACAAAUCAGAUUUGACGAUGGAUGUGCAUAUUGGCAUGCCAAGAUGCUAUUCAAGUUUUAAGAAGAGAAGAUAUUUGAGGAAUCAAAUUCUUGCUGUUCGAAAUACAUUGUCUGAUGAUGAAUGGUUACGAUAUGCCAGAAUUCGUUUCGGUUCAACUAUGCGAUGUGAACCAUUUUUGCUUCAUGAAGUAAGUUAUGGAAUAAAACGUGGAAAUCACUUGAUUCGGCAUGUUUCUGUAGAUUCAAUGAACAAUGUUAUUCAUUUAAAGGAAGAAGGCAAGGAAAAUAUGCAUGAAGCAAAACCGACUGGCUCAGCGAUGAAUAAUGUUGACACUUCUAAUUUCAAGAAAUUUGAAUUUAUGAAUUUUAAUCGAUUACUUUUGGAAAAUCAUCCGAAAAAUGAGUCAAAUUCAGAAUCUCCAGUUGAUCGAUCAGACGUAAAAUAUAUGAGGAAAUCCAGUUUGAUAGGAAAUUCUGAUUUGGAGGAAUUAAAUCCGGGGCUAGACGAGGCACCUGCAGAGAAGAAGAAUGGUGCAAUAUACGAAACCUCCGAAGAAUUGAAAACGAAACUUGCUAAGGUUAAAUCAGGAUUCACUUACGAAUUGGUUUUGGGAUUGGGUAAGAUAAGAGAAUGUAUGACAGCAACGGAAGUACCGGAGAUUUGUUCCAUGGCAACUCAGACUGAGGAUUGGAGAAAACUAACUGAGACGAAUAGUACUCAAACGGAUGGACUGUCAUUUGAUACAGAUAGAAGCGUUGGUUGUACGGAUGGUUAUCAUUCUCGGGGAUAUAUGUGGAGAGAAAUGAACCACUUUACACGAUAUAUAAAGUACCUCCGCGGGUUCAAGUUUUAA